CAUCCCGGAAGAGAGGAGCCGCCGCGGCUGCACCCGCCACUUCCGCUUCCUGGGAGCCGGACGGACCGGACCGAAGCCGCCGCUAUGACUGCCACCCUGCGCCCCUACCUGAACGCGGUGCGCGCCACGCUGCAGGCUGCCCUGUGCCUGGAGAACUUCUCCUCCCAGGUGGUGGAGCGACACAACAAGCCGGAGGUGGAAGUCAGGAGUAGCAAAGAGCUGCUGUUGCAGCCGGUGAUCAUCAGCAGGAAUGAGAAAGAGAAGGUUCUGAUCGAGGGGUCCAUCAACUCCGUGAGAGUCAGCAUUGCAGUGAAACAGGCGGAUGAGAUCGAGAAGAUCCUGUGCCACAAAUUCAUGCGCUUCAUGAUGAUGAGGGCUGAGAACUUCUUCAUCCUGCGCAGGAAACCCGUGGAGGGUUAUGACAUCAGCUUCCUGAUCACAAACUUCCACACGGAGCAGAUGUACAAGCACAAGCUAGUGGACUUUGUGAUCCACUUCAUGGAAGAGAUUGACAAGGAGAUCAGUGAGAUGAAGCUGUCCGUCAACGCCAGGGCUCGCAUCGUGGCUGAGGAGUUCCUCAAGAACUUUUAGAGCGUGGUGCUGGACUCCACAGCUCAGGUUCUCAUUCUCUCCUGCGUCUGCACAGCUGCCCUGCUAGGGAGGGCCAUGCCCAGGGCCUUGCUAUCUGGAAGAGAUGAGAAGCAAUCAGAUCUUCAGGAGCUGUCCAAGUGGAAUGUACAUUGAUUCUCCGCCGGCCCCAGGGGAAGGGAGGGGGAGGAGUUAAGAGUUUGAACCAGACUCUGUGCUUGUUUGAGACUGUCAACUCCGUAUUCUUUUUUUAAAUGACCAAUCAUUGCUGUAAUUGUCCGAGGCUCUGGGGGCUGGAGGGGAGCUGUGGCUACUCCAGCACCUGAGGCUGGUACCUGCUAGCUGGCAUUCCAACUGAAGGCUGCGCCUACUCUGUUAUCAGGUCCCUUCCACCAGCUGCCGUAAAGCAGCCCUCAUGCACAUGGCGUUCUGGAGACACAGCUCUGAGCCUAAUCCCAGUGUUAGGGCUUCCAGCAAGUGGGGGGGCGUACAGCAGCUGUCCUGGGCUAGGCAGCGAUGUUCUUUUGGGCCAGGCCUGGCAACCGCCAAUUCCCAAUCUCCACAGCCUCCCUGCUGCAGCUCUAGGUAGGGGGGGCAGAGUGGGCAGCCCUGCCCCAGGACUGCAGGGAGUGCUGCUCUCCUUCAACCCCAUCCGUCUGGCAUAGGAUUAGGCAGCAUAUCCUCCUGCCUGUGGCCUUCACCUUCCCUUUCUCUGCCUGGGGUGGAGGAGGCUGGAAUCCCUGACGGAGCUGGAAUCUGUAACGUGUGCUUCUUUUGCUAUUGCACUUGCUGUUCUUGCUCUGGUACCUUCCCCAUUAAAGCCUUUUUCCUGCCUC